UUUUACAAACUCCGAAACAAAUUUACACACUCCGAAACAAAUUUACAAACUCUGAAACAAAUGUACAAACUCCGAAACAAAUUUACAAGAACAACACCAAACGUAAAGGGAAUAUACCAAAAGCCGGAUCUGACCCGGAAGUGAUUGAGUGAGUGGUUUGUUUUGAAAAUACUGUACGGAGCGAGUAGUGUUGUGUAGUUUAUAUGGAGUUUUAUGAUGUUUUGUCCGUUUUGUGGAAACCAUUUGAAUCAGUUACUGCGGUUUUGCAUUUCGUGUGGACGGUCUCUGGAGUUUUUAAAGGACACGGACAAGACGGAAGGACCAAGCGCACAGGGGACAGCUAAACAGCCGGAAAAUGCUAAACAAACAGCACAACCAUGCCCAUUAUAUAAACAGUUCAUGGAGUACAGAAGCACCAAGUCCAAAGAACGACAGUCUUUUAACUGUGGGCCAAAAGAAAGACAUAAACAUAAAGAAAAGAAAAACGUCCAAUAUUCGGCUGCUGAGCUCCUCCGGCUACGAGGCUACCUGGCUGUCCCCCCGCCGGUAAACCUCCUGCGCCUCCACCCGGACAUUGCCCUGCUGCCUCGCCGGAGAUACACACACCGGGGAUCUCGCCGGAGCUUCCACUCCAACGACGCCUCGGCCAUAACAUCUAUCUGGUCCACCACUCGCCGACCCCGCAGACCUCCAGAGCGAGCUGUCAAUUCCAAAGCACUAGCCAUUCCGGCUAGGUCGACAGCUAACGCCUCCCCGACAGCCAGACAGGAUAACCAUUCAGUCAACUUUGGACUUCUCAACAUCCGCUCACUCACGAACAAAGAUAAACAUAGGAUUGAUGGUGCCACACGGAACUGAUUUAAAACCUUUAAGAGGGAAAACACUCCCAUUAUUUACAGACCCAGAAGUAGCAGCACCUGAUCUGCUGAAACAAGCUGUGCAGAAAAUGACAACA